AUUCAGUGACUGACUAGCAGCAGAGGCGGAUGCUGCUGGGAGACUGUGGCUCCUAAAGGGCGAAACUGGGGGAUUGGCAGCAGGCAUGAAGGCAGGGGUGAUCCACUGCAGGUGUUCCAGGUGCUUCUUUGUCCCUUCAAAGCGAAGAAUGAAGAAGAGACCCAGAGUUCUGACACUACUGUGUCUCCCAGAAGAUGUUCUGUUCCAUGUUCUUAAAGGGCUUCCUGCGGAAGAUAUUCUCUCCCUCCGAGCUGUGCACUCUCAUCUUAAGUACCUUGUAGAUAACCACGCUAGUGUUUGGGCCUGUGCAAGUUUUCAAGAAGCAUGGCCUUCUCCAAGCAACUUGAAAAUGUUUGAAAGAGCUGCAGAAAAAGGUAACUUUGAAGCUGCUGUGAAGCUUGGCAUUGCUUACCUCUACAAUGAAGGCUUAUCAGUCUCUGAUGAAGGUCGUGCAGAAGUGAAUGGGUUAAAAGCAUCUCACUUCUUCAGCCUGACUGAGCGUCUGAACAUCUCCACAGCCCCAUUUGUCUGGCUUUUCAUUCGCCCACCUUGGUCUCUCAGUGGAAGCUGUUGUAAAGCUGUGGUCUAUGAGAGCCUCAAAACAGAGUGUCAGCUUCAAAAUGCUCAACGAGGCUCUAUUCUCUACUGCUUGGCUAAGGUUCUUAAUCUCUUUGAGGAUGAAGAAAAAAGAAAAGAAGCUCUUGAAAUGUUUGAGAACUCCUCGAAACAGGGCUGCCUACACAGCUCCUACCUCCUGUGGGAAAGUAAUAGAAAAGCUUCUAUGGCAGACCCUGGUAGAUACCUCCAGAGCCUCAGGAAACUCAGGGACUAUGCAGCCAAAGGCUCCUGGGAAGCCCAGAUGGCUUUAGCCAAAGCUUGUGGAAAUGGAAACCAACUAGGAUUGGAAACAAAAGCUGCCAAUGAGAUGGCGGCUCAGCUCUUCCAAGCCUCCCUUCCUCUCAGCAAGCAGAGUAUCUUCACUGUUCAGAAGGGAAUGAAUGAGACAAUGAGAUACAUUCUGGUUGACUGGCUGGUAGAAGUGGCCACAAUGAAGGAUUUCUCAAGCCUGUGUCUCCAUCUGACUGUAGGCUGUGUGGAUCGGUACUUAAAAAUAAGGCCUGUACCUCGGGCUCGUCUUCAGCUAUUGGGAAUUGCAUGCAUGGUUAUUUGUACACGUUUUAUCAGCAAAGAGAUUCUGACGAUACGGGAAGCAGUUUGGCUAACAGACAACACAUACAAAUACGAAGAUCUUGUCAGGAUGAUGGGAGAGAUCAUAUCUGCUUUAGAAGGGAAGAUAAGGAUUCCUACAAUUCUGGACUACAGAGAAGUGCUGCUGAACAUAACCCCUGUGGACAGAAGAACUGCUUACCUCUACAGCUUUAUCUGUGAACUUUCCCUCUUAAACACAGGCCUUUGCAUAUACUCUCCUGCCCGUUUGGCUGCAGCAGCCUUGCUGCUUGCCAAAGUAUUGCACAAACAAGCUCAUCUGUGGAACAGUCAGUUAUCUGAAAGCACAGGAUUUUCCCUUGAAGAGCUGAUACCUUGUGUACUGAGCCUCCACAAGAAGUGUUUCCACGAGGAUGUCCCAAAAGAUUAUAGGCAGGUGUCCCUCACUGCUGUGAAACAACGAUUUGAAGAUGAACGCUAUGAAGAAAUUGGCAAGGAGGAGGUGAUGGGUUACAGCCAGCUCUGUUCACUGCUAGGGGUGAAAGAGGAGCAUCCGGAGCCUGAUGCCUUAUACAUGAAUACAGUGGAAACCUUCCUUACUUCUCCAUCAGGAAAGAGAACUAAAAGGAGAAGAGAAGACAGUAUCCAAGAAGACAGGGGAAGUUUUGUAACUACUCCUACAGCUGAGCUGUCUAACCAGGAGGAGAGUCUUCUGGAUAACUUUCUGGACUGGAGCUUGGAUUCCUGCUCUGGUUAUGAAGGAGAUCAAGAAAGUGAAGGCGAGAAGGAGGGAGACAUUACAGUUCCCAGCGGAGUUCUAGAUGCAACUGUGGUAUGUAUGGACCCUGAAGAACGUGGCGGCUGCUGUUGUGAAGAAUCCAGUGAUGAAGAGAGCCUUCCCAAAGAGUGGUCUAUGUACAGUUUCCAGAAUUAUGACCAUACCCAACAAAAACCUGCUAUUGAUGUCAGCUCUGGCUAUUCCUCGGUCAACAGUGCCAGCCCUAGCUCCACUAUGGAUUGCAACUUUGGUGCAUCUCACAAAGCUACCUCAGUGCAGCCUCUGGGUCCAACUAAGGAAAAGGGCCUAUUGCUGCCCCAUGACUCAAAAUUGUGUUUACACUCUUCUAGAUCUGAAAGAAGGCAAGCAAAACGGAAAAAUGUGGCAGAGUACAGUGAAAAGGAGAGGAUGAAUUUGGGCUUCCUAAGCCUCUGACGUCUCAGUGCUGUAUACUUUAAAGUUAUCUGAAGGAGUCACAAACAUGGGAGGUUUAUUGAGCAUCUGAGUGUGGUGGUGUACAUGGUUUAAGGCUAAAUUUCAAAUGGUGGCCAUGGGCUGUAUAGCACUGAUUUCUUAAUGUUUACUUAAGAGCUUUCCCAAGAAUAUUUGUCUGCUUGCAGCUCAACUUGUGGUUAAGCUUUGUAGCCCGAACAAACCCUAAGGUGUUAGCAGGCUUAACUGUGGUGUCAUAUCUCCAGAACAUGUGCAGAUGUUUUGUGGGAUGAGUAGUAGGGAAUAAAAAUGUUGCUUCUUCACUCCAUCUCCACCUCAAUCUGCCCAUUGUGCUAACUCAUAUCUCUUUUGGCCUAUCCCAUGUUUGCUUUUUAACUCUAGCCUUCCCCGUUUUCCUUAGCAACAUUCAACAGAGAUCUUGAGCAGGACUGGGAACAUCAUCUUCUGCUUUUUAGACAUUAAACAGAGAGAGUGAAAAUGGUACAAGAAGAGGAAGACCUUCAUACCACCCUUCAGUCAGUCUCUAAAUAAACCUUUAUGUUUACUCUCUGUAAAACCACCUAAAUGUUCUCUACUCAAUCUUUGGGGAAUAUUUCCCUACCUCUGGUCUGAAUAUUUCAGACCGAUCCUAAUCUUCAGUACCACUAGAGCAGAGGUGGAAAUUAUGUGGUCUUCCUAAUGCUGUUGUACUGGAAGUACCAGGAGCCCAAACCAGUAUAGCCAGUGGUUGAGAUUGCUGGGAAUUGUCCAAGAUCUGGAGCACUACAUAAUUCACAUCUUUGUCCUAGUGAGCAAAUACCAACAUUUCGUUAUUAAGAGUUGAUGUAACUUGGCUUCUGUAUGAGGCCUUGGUUACAUGUUCGUAUUUGGUAUGCCAGACGUUAUCUGUACUGCCUUUUCAUUUGGUUUUGUUACUCCAAAACAGCAUAUUUGCUGCAGUUUACUGAGGAGCAUAUGCUGCCCCUGUUUACCAAUGUUUGUUUUCAAGGCUGGGUGCUAUUUUUGCCCAAGCAAGAUGGUGGCCAUUGUGAAUCAUUGGGGAAAUGUGUUGAAUAUUUUUCUGUGCUUUUUUUUUCCAUUUGUGUUUUCUUUUUAUACUGCUCUUUUUAUAUUUUCCCUUUCUCUGCUUAUACUUGCUCCUUUACACGUAACAAUAUAGGCCUUUGGUGUCUGAUUCCUCCAAUUUCAAGGGUCCAAUUCUGCUAUAAUUAGGGUGGAUGGGAUUUUUUUUCCCUACUCAGAAAUUUGAUAACAAAAAUUAAAGCUGCAAAUUGUUUUAAAUUAAAGGUGAGGGAUGUCUAGAUUCUAAACUGCUUCCAUGUCAGAUGUCCUGGAGCUCAUUCACAGAAACUAUGGAACGAAUCGUCCUUCCAAACUGAUCCAUCUGUAAUCUUAGUUAAGCUGUCAUGGAUAUAGGGGCCUGAACAUCAUUCUGUUGAACUAACCUACGGUAUCUACGUCAGCAACACUUAAUGGAAUGGGUUCUAUAGUUAUCUGUGAUUAUUGUACUGGAAAUAAGAACUUUGGACAGCAUCCUUUGUUCUUCUACAGGGAUCUCUACAGUAAGGUUUUGUUUCUUUUGUGGAUGAUGUCUCCUUGGAAUGUAUGCCAUGGUACAAAAUGUGUGCGCUUGCUAAUGACUACAUGAAUUUGAAGGGGAAAAAAAACACUGGACAGGCUAAAAGAGUCCUUUUUAAAGAAGGUAAUGUCAAUGACAGUUCAUGUUCACUAGUGGUGAUUUUUUUAUAUAUAAAAGCAAACCUUUUGUAAUAUA